UCGUUAAGCGGCAUCGCAAAGUACAAUACCUUCGAUCCAGGUGGGGAGGAGCUCUGGGUUUUUAUCUCCUCGAAUGGGCUAGUACAGAUUUUCACAACAACUUUCCUCCCAACCAAUGAACGAGUCUCUUUCGUGUCAACUUAGGAAAACGAGCAAAAAGUCCCACUCUCUUACAAAACAGACGAAACGAGAAAUAAUGUGUAUCAUGGCCGCAAGAAAGUCGCCGUAACAGCAGACGUAAGCACUGACUGAGACCGGGAAGGCGGGCGCUAGGCCAGCGACCCUUCCCCCCUUUCCGUCCCCAUCGUCAUCGCAUAAAGGAGAAAACCAGUGUCUUCUCUGUUGGCUCUUCUCUCUCUCUCUCUCUGUGGCAGAAAGGAAGUUGGCGUCGUAGACCCGCCAUGGGUAGGAAGCUCGACCGCCUGCUGGGUAGAUCCUUCAAGCCCUCCAAGUUCAAGCCCCUCGUCUCCCUCGCCGUCUCUCGCCUCCAGGUCCUCAGGAACCGCAGUCGGGCCCGGCUCUCGCAGGCUCGGUCCGACGUCGUCCAGCUUCUCGAGCUCGCGCACCAUGACCGGGCUCUGCUCCGAGUCGAGCAGGUGAUGAGGGAGCAGAACAUGUUGGAUGUUUAUGCCAUGAUCGAGAACUAUUGCCAUCUGUUGAUCGAGAGGGUCAACCUUAUUGAGCAGCACAAAACUUGUCCGGAUGAGCUGAAGGAGGCAGCCUCGAGUUUGCUAUUCGCGUCGUCGAGGUGUGGAGAGUUCCCGGAGCUCUACGAGAUGCGCUCGCUCCUCAUCUCUCGUUAUGGCAAGGAGUUUGCUGCUUCGGCUAUUGAAUUGAGGAACAACUGCGCAGUGAAUCCUACGAUGAUAGAGAAGCUGUCGAUCGGGCAGCCUAGCUUAGAAAGCAGAACAAAGGUGCUUGAAGAGAUUGCUGCAACCAACCGCAUAGGUCUGCAUGUUGAUGAACCCUUGGACCCCUUAGAGGGAAACGCUGGUGUAAAGAAUAUGCCGGACCAACCUAUCAGUUCUGUAUAUUCCAUACCUGGGGCUGACAAUAAUAUGGAAAGCACAUCUAAAACAAGAGUGUUGGAUGACUUCUCUGACUCGUUCGAGGCACAGAGCGAGUACAAGGAUGUCGCUGAAGCAGCCCAAGCAGCUUUCGAGUCAGCUGCUUAUGCGGCAGCAGCUGCAAGAGCUGCUGUGGAACUGUCUCGAUCUGAAUCUCGUGAUCCCGAUGAUCAAAACAGUCCUAGUCCUAGUCCUAGUGCUCGAAGGUUAGAGGCAAAGCAGAAAUUUGAUCCCCCUGAAAAGCAACUCCAAAAUGAAUAUGGAGCUCGAGGCUCUGUCAGGGGCAGAAAUGCUGCGGAAACCAGACUUUCGACGUCUUCCUCGACUUCAGAUUCAGGAGAAUUGACCAUGACUCCUCGGGUUGGAGCAGGCUGCUCUAAUCACUCACAGGAGGAGACAUAUUUCAAGGAGAGCGACAACGAGGAGCGUGUUCAAAGUGGAUCCCCAUUUAAUUUCUCAUCUCCUAUGCAGAUUCCAUCGAAUUUCCAAGCUGGCGUGAGGGCGGAAUCAGGUGCAGGAGGCCAUGUAGCACACCCAGCUGAAGCGACGGGCAUGAGUGUUGAAAAGACCCUGCACCUAGAGAGGAGACUGAUGUCUGUGAGGAGUAGACAUGUGCGUGGUUACUGAGCAGUUCUUUGGGAGCUACAGAUGUGCAGUUUAGCCAUAUUGUUGUUCUUAUCAUGUAAUUAGUAUAUGUGCUUUGGUUUCUGAUCUGGGGGUUGUCUAUAAAUUUUUGAGGCAGAGAGAAGUUGUGAAUUGUGGGGUUUUCGAUUCGACUUUUCGCCAUCUGUUGGCAUAAAUGGGAUUUGGUUUGUACUGUACCAUAUUCAUAUUGUCUAUAAAUUUUCGAGGCAGAGAGAAGUUGCGAUUUGGACUUUC